AGAGGAGAGGGACGAGAGAAAGAGGAGAGGAUUGGGGGAGACGAGGAGGAGGACAGAGGAAAAGGGAGAGGAGCCAAGGGGUGAAAACAAAGGAAAUAACAGGCUGGAUGUAUCACCCAGCAGAGCAGUAUUCUGACCGUAACACCAGGGACUCCUACCCUGCUGGAGGACCUUCCAGAGGAACAUGGGCCCGCGUCAACAGUCGCCCCUGGGGCGCUCCAAAUAGGUUCAAUGGAGGAAUCAACCAAUCUCACCACCUAAACAAGAUUUAUUCAGACAGGGGGGGCAGGCCACCAUUCCAUGCCCAGGGAAGGGGCCCUCAGCAGGACCAGAGAUUAGCACCACGACCCUGGGACCAGAAGGACCAGGCUUAUGAGACCCAUGGCUGGCACCAGGACUCUCCACGGUCAUUUCACAACCAUGGUCGCAACCAAGGGGGCUACCAAGCAGGACCUGAGGAACCCUUCACCAGCUGGGACUCCUACAAAAACCAGCCUACCAGGUAUGGGGGUCCCCACCAGCACCAACUGCCCAGAGACCCCCCAAGAGACCUGCACUCCCCAGCAGAGAGGUGGGCACCUUCAGAUCGCUCCAGGGCCUUCCCAGGCAGGAUGAUGGACCAGGAACUAGGACCAUGGAAGCGCCCGGCCUCCCACCAUCACAACCACCACCGUGACCAACUUCAACACCGCUCCCCACCCUCACAGCAUCCCCCCCCUCCCAGGGAAGACUGCCCUGCCAAAAGGAGCAGGAGCUCUGGUCCUGAGCAGCCCUCUCAUCGUGGAUCAAUGCAUCUACCCGGCCCAGACCAGCAGCAAUCACCACCCCACUACCCCCCUUCCAAACAAGGCUUCUGGAAACAAUCAUAUGACAGACCUGGUCCUCGCACCCAUGCUGACAGGAGGAGCUUGUCUAUAGAGUUACAAGAAUCCACCAAGUCAGGAUUAGGGAGUCUCAAAUACAGAACACAUCAUUCUACCCAUUCUCCAGUUCCCCAGGCCCUCUUCAAUGGUCAAGACCCCCCUCCUUCCUCCUAUCCCCGCCACCCUUCUCCAGCCCAGCCCAGUGGCAACAGAAGACCCCCCCACCAUGGAUCCAGAGUGGAGGUGGAUGACCAGGCCCAGCACCCCUCCUCACCAGCAGACCGCACCAGCGUGCCUUACAGCCAGCACCUCCACCACCAGCAUCCCACAUCCCCCCCCUCAGUACCUCAGCACAGCCCCCCAGCUCCACGCUCCCACAGACAGCAAAGGGAUCAGACCCCCUCCCAGCCCUCUGCUACAGAGCCUCCCCACCGCAACAGCAACCACAGAGAUGGAUGCUGCACCACCCUGAGCUCCUCCAGCCCCUCUGGCCUCUCCAGCUCCACCACUCCUAGUAAGGCCAGUGGGAAGAAAGAUCCUCCUCCCAAUCAGAGGAGCCCUGACAUUGGCACUGGCACACCCCACAAACGGGGACCAAGGACACCCUCGCCCAGUCCCACACCUCCCCCUCUCUCUGCCUCCCCCACAUGGCUAGGCUCAGGCGCUCAGAGGUCAGAGAUGAAGCCUAGCAGGGCCUCAGAGCCUCAGACCCCACCCAGCUCUCCUACUGUCAACAACAACAGACCUACUGGCAACAGGCCAGAGCUGCAGCCUCACAGACACAAACAGACAGAAAGGAAACAUAAGGAAAGGAGAGCAGAAAGAGGUGAGGAGGGAAAGAGGGAACAGAAGAGGAAGAUGGAGAGGAAGAUGGAGGAGAGGACAAGGAGAAAGGAAAAAGAAGAGAAAAGUGGGGAUGGGGUAAAGAAUAAAACCCAUAAAGUAGAAGAGGGGAGGGACAAAGUGGAAAGGAAAAAGAAAGAGGAAGAGAGGAAGACAGAGAAAAGGGAGAAGAGCCUUAGGGAUAAAAAGAUGGAAAAAGCAGAGAGGGGAUCCUCAAAGUCCCUACGUAAAUCAUCCCUCCCUCUGUCAGUAUGGCCUUCCUCCCCUAAGUCUGGAUCUAUGGUUCCAGGGACGCCAGGGAAGCCAGGCCAACCCUCCCAGACACCAUCCACCCCUGGCAAACACAUACACAGGGAGAAGGCCCAAGAAAGAGGUGGAAAGUCCCAUGAGCACAGCUCUCCAAAUAGCUCAGAGACAAUCCCACUUGUUGGCCCGCCUGCAGCCCAUCCCAGCCAACCCACACCCUCCGCACAUCCACCCAAACACAAAAAGUCAGAGAGGGGAGGGACCCUGAACAAGUCAAACCCAACUCAACCCAAAUUCCCAGUCAAGGACUCACCACUACCAGCCUGUCCUCCACUCACCACCACUCACACUACCACCACCAACAACAACAUCAGCACCAACACGACCAAUAAGACCCGUAAUACCAGUCCUCAGCCCACCAGCCCUUCAACAUAUUCUAAAUGCAGCCCAGGGAGGAAGGCUGAUUUGACCCCCUCCACACUCUCAUCCAAAACCCCAGCAGCUCCCCCUAUGGCUGGGUCAGGGGGAUCCAUCCAGAGCCAGACAGAGAUAUGGGGUGUUAGUCCAGAAGGCGGGGUCCUGCGGGCCCCAGAUCUCCAACCUGCGGCGGGGGUGGGCAGUGUGGAGGAGAUGGGAGACAACCCCCCUGCCAGCCCCCCUGUUCUCAGCUGGCAAGGCUCCCCAGCAUCAGCGCUGAGUGAGGAAGAGGAAGAGGAGGGAGGAGUGAUGAGGAGACCUGUCCUGCAGCCCAGCCCAACCCACGGCCCGCCCCUCUCACCCCACCAUGGGAACUCAGAGGGGCUCAAUGAGAAGGCCGAGGGUGUCGGUGAGGGGAGGGGUGCUGAUGACCUUCGCCAUAGCGACCUGGCCAAGCUCUAUGGCUUGCCUGAUACUCCCAACGGAGUGGAGGAAGACGAGGAGGAGGAAGAGGAGGACAGUGGUGGCGACACAUCGUCCAGCUCUCUGCCUCCCCGUCGGCCACACCUUCACCAGACAGGAGUUGCUGAUGUCUUCAAGUCUUUGGCCUCGUUCCUGGGGGGCCAGAGGUACACAUAUCGCGGCGGUCCGUUUGGGCGUCCUCCUCCUAGCUCCAUGGGAGGAGUGAAGUACUCUUCAUCCCUCGCCAUGGAUCCAGAAACCAAUUGUCAGGACCAGCAGAACCCCUCCCCCACAUCCAACUCCACCACGCCCACAAGACUCACUAGCCAAUCAUCCACUCACACUACCUCAGAUCCGCCUUCCAAACCCCGCCCUCCUUUAAACCUCGACCAACCACAGCUCUCCGUGGGGGAGCGCACAAAACAGAAGCACGCGAGAUUGGAGGAGAUUCUGAAUGAGAGAAAGAAAGAGAAGACUAAGGGUGUAGACAGUGGGGAGACGACCGGGUCUCUGAGCGCUGAGUUUAGACUGACCACCACACACCGGCUGCCUGCCACCAUCAAGGAGGAGCGGGGACAGAGGGAGGCACGCAGGCAGACAGACAGAAAGAGGGAGCCAAGCGGUGCGAAUGGAAACGGAGAUGGGGAAGGGAAGAGGAAGAGAAGAAAACAAGAUAACAGCGUCAGCAGUCAUCAGAGGAGUGGAGGAAAUGAAAAGAAGAACGUGGAAGAAAAGUGUGACAGAAAAUCAGCCUCUAUAACGCUGUCCUCAUCUACACCUCACCCCAGUCGCCCAGCCAAGCAGCACAAAGACACUAAGAAGAGCCGUCCCAUUCAGGGGAACCUUGGCCUCCAGAGCAAAGACAUCCAGGGACAGAAAGACAAGACGCACACAGGAAACACUGAGCAGGGGGCACAAUCAACAGAGAUGAAGAAUGAGAGGCGCAGUGAGCCUCAAACCAAGACGUCCACACCAGGCAGCAACCCAGACAUAUUGGCAACAGCAUCCACCACCAGCUUUAUCAACACCUCCUCCCCUUCCCCCACCCCGGCUGCCUCUGCUGCCCCAGUGAGGAGGACCCCCUGUCCCCUGGCUGCUGCUGAUUUCCUCAAGCUGAAGGCUCUGUCCAUGGGCUCUCCCAAGGAGCUGAAGAUCCGUCUGAUCAAGGUGGAGAGUGGAAACCGAGAGACGUUCAUCGCCUCCGAGGUCGAGGAGCGCAGGAUCCCACUAGGAGAGGUCAGCAUCAGACACACAGCCAGCGAGGUCGUCAGGUCCUGCAAGGGGGCGAAGGUGAACGGGAAGUUUCGAGAGUCCUAUCUGCUCCCUGCUUUCUCUGUCAAGCCUGUCCUUAGCACCAACACACCCAUCCCACGAGAGAAGCUCAACCCCCCCACACCAAGCAUCUAUUUGGAGAGUAAGAGAGAUGCCUUCUCCCCAGUCCUCCUCCAAUUCUGUACCGACCCCAAGAACCCUGUCACUGUCAUCAGAGGCCUGGCUGGAUCACUACGACUCAACCUGGGUCUGUUCUCCACUAAGUCUCUGGUGGAGGCCAAUGCAGAGCAUGCUGUGGAGGUGAGGACCCAGGUACAGCAGCCUGCUGAUGAGAACUGGGACGCCACUGGUUCAGCUCAGACCUGGCCCUGCGAGAGCAGCCGCUCACACACCACCAUCGCCAAGUACGCCGCGUACCAGGCCUCCAGCUUCCAGGAGAGCCUCCAGGAAGAGAAGGACAGUGAGGAUGAGGAUGAGGAAGAACAAGAAGAGAAGAAGACUCUGUCUUCUGACCCAUCAACCAACCCUGCAUCUGGCACCAGCAAAACCAGCCCUACUGUGGUUACUAGCAAAGCAACUCCUACCAAAGUUGGCCCUACCCCUAUUGCUAACACACUCAGGCCGGAGGCGAAAUCAACUGGGAAGAUUAUCAAAUUUGGCACCAACAUCGACAUCUCUGAUCCUAAGAGGUGGAAGCCCCAGCUGCAGGAGCUGCUGAAGCUACCAGCCUUCAUGCGUGUGGAGUACAAUGGAAACAUGCUGAGCCACGUGGGACACACCAUCCUGGGCAUGAACACCGUCCAGCUCUACAUGAAGGUCCCCGGCAGCCGUACACCUGGCCACCAGGAGAAUAAUAACUUCUGCUCUGUGAACAUCAACAUUGGGCCGGGAGAUUGUGAGUGGUUUGCAGUCCAUGAACACUACUGGGAGCACAUCAACAAUUUCUGUGAGAAGUAUGGAGUAGACUACCUGACUGGGUCCUGGUGGCCUGUUCUGGAGGACCUGUACCGCUCCAACAUCCCAGUGUACCGCUUUAUCCAGAGACCAGGUGACCUGGUGUGGAUCAACGCAGGGUCCGUCCACUGGGUGCAGGCUGUGGGCUGGUGCAACAACAUCGCCUGGAACGUGGGACCUCUCAACUCAUACCAGUAUCAAGUGGCUCUGGAGCGCUUUGAGUGGAAUGAGGUCAAGAAGGUCAAGUCCAUCGUUCCGAUGAUCCAUGUCACCUGGAAUGUAGCCCGCACUAUCAAGAUCACCGACCAAGAAACCUACAAGAUGGUCAAACAUUGUCUCCUACAGUCCAUUAAGCACAUUCAGGUUCUGAGAGACCAGCUGGUUGCUGCAGGGAAGAAGAUCUCUUAUCAGAGCCGUGUGAAGGACGAACCAGCCUACUACUGCAACGAGUGUGACGUGGAGGUGUUUGACCUGCUGUUUGUAACUAGUGAGUCUGGCAGCAGGAAGACCUACAUGGUGCACUGUGAGGACUGUGCCCGGACUGUGUCCAAGAGCCCCUCGCUGGCAGGAGUAGUGGUGCUGGAGCAGUACUGCAUGGAGGAGCUGAUGAGAACCUAUGACAGCAUCUGUGUGACUCCAUCACCCUGCUCCAAGUGAGGCAUCCUCCCUGUUGUCUGGCAGCCAUAACCAAAGCUCCUACUUAGUGGCAGCACAGACGUUGUCUUCAAGGAAUACUACUACUGCUAACACUUGGUGAACAGCCUACCAUGUUUACUCAGUUUUGUUUACAUCACAAUAAGAUAUCGGCCAUCAGCCAUCAGCCAUCAGCCAAUUGAAUUCCAGCUCACUGUUGUCUUCCCCUCCUACCAGCUGCUGAUUGGACUUGAGUCUUGAGAUAGAAUGACUAGACUGGUACUACUAUUUGUUAAAACAUGUCAGACAACUACAGAAAAUGUGAACAUUGUUAGCACUGGAAAUCAGGUCUUAUUUAAAACGGACACUGCUGUGAUUCAAAAGCGUCAAGUAGCCGGUAUAUGGUGCAUUAAUUCAGGUACUUUUAUGCAAAUCAAAUGGAACUUUUUUACACCAAUCUAGUUAUUCUAUGUCCAUGAAUUUACCGCGUUGCUAUGGUAACAGCAGGGGAAUUGCUUCACAAGCAAACUAGCUGAUAGUCUCAUUGAAAUCCCAUUGUUUUGGUUUGGUUUUCUAUUCAGGUGAACGCUGACAUUUGUCAUUCCUGUCUGUAUACUCUUUGGGGUGCUAUUUCCAUUGUAUUUAUUCUGACCUAGAUAUUUCAAAAGUUUUACCAGCCUAAAAGUACACCACAUUGGCCUUGUGAACUGUAUUUAGAUGAAAGCAAAUUAGAAAAUCAAACAUGCAGGCACAACUUUCUAAAGCAUUAGGAAUAUUAAUUUAAGAAAUUGUAAAAAUAUAUCUGAAAUACGGGUUAACUAGAACUAGAGGACUAAUCUGGUUUCACUCUUUGUUGGAAAUCUGGUGUGUUUUAAUGUGAUUUUAGUUUUUGCAUAAUAAUCCUAAAUAAUGUUUGGUAGAGAGAGAUGUGAUUGCUACAAUUCGCCCGAAAGAAGAUCCCCUUAACCUUUUUCUUUUUCUAAUGGGAUCAUUCUCCCGGUUUUAUACCUCUUUUUUGGUUGCUAUCUCCUUUUCUGGAUUACAGAGAAAACGAAGAAUUGUAAAUUGUGACUUAAUUUAUAAUUGUAUAUGUUUGUUUUCUUAAAUGUAUUUAUUGCAUAUUGAUGGUGCUUCUCUGGGGACACCAGAUAUUUUUAAGGUUUCCUAUUGUGGGUGGACGGGGAAGAGCAAACAGAGGGAGGUUGGAUUUUCAUGGUGCUCAACCCCCUCUUGCCUCGUCACCUCCUCAUUAACUGUGUAUAAAUUAUCUAUGAAUAUAAGUCAAGGAAUAUAACUUCAACCGACAGGUUGGUGCUUAGAACCGCGUCAUUACAAUUACCGGUAAACGAAUAGAAUGAUGUCUUUGUACUGUAUCUAACUGAUAAACACAAUACCUUUUUCAACUUUUUUGCAUUGUACGAAAUUCAUAAAAUUGUGAAGCAUUUGUGAUUGGCAGUAGUUGUAGUUUUAGCCACAUUUAAAAUAGACUGAUGUGUAGUGAGGUUUGGGUUCCUUCAGUGUUCUGUCCUCAUGAGUAUAAUUUCAAGGUUGUAAUCUUGCUCCUCAUCCACUGACUGUUUUUAUUUUAAGCUGUGCUGUUUUAAAACAAAAUAAAAAUAUCUUACAUAGACCAGA